GUUGUCUUACUGGAAUGUCUUAUCACCUCGGAAUUGAUUGUCCUUCCGAGGUGGAGCUGUCAUGCAAGCGGUUCGCCCGGCAAAACUUCAUAAAGAUCGCCAAAGUCACCGAUCGCCACGUGGGAAUACAUUCGGAGUGGUCUAGGUCUCAGUGGAGCAGUUACCUUGCUACACACUCUGACAUAACUUUGUCCUGCACUCUUGAUCGGCAUGGCGGAGAAGAUCACUGAGAGCGACCAUGUCGAACGUGCGGCAUCGCGCAGUCCAAGUACUUCCGGGAAAGAAAAGAAUGUCAAAUUCAACAAGCAGGGCAUUGCGCUGAUUCCGCAGCCGAGCGACGAUCCACGGGAUCCUCUCAGUUGGAGCUCAGGAAAGAAGACCGCGCUGACCAUGGCGAUAAUGAUGUCCGGAUUCGCCACGGCGAUGCAAUCGGUCACCAAUAUCUCAGGUUACGCGCCACAGGCAACGCUCUACCGGCAGUCAGUGGUAAAACUGACUUAUAGUAUCGCCGUCUGCAUGAUCGGCCUAGCAUUCGGGGCGUACCUCUUGUUCCCACUAUCCACUCGAUUUGGCAAAUGCUGGCUGCUGUUCUGGGGAGUUAUCGGGACGAUGGCGAUGAACAUCUGGUCGGUGGCGAUGACAGGUAGCGGAGACUAUGGAGCCUUCAUGGCUUCUAGGCUUUUUGCAGGUAUAAUGGGAGCGUCCGUCAGUAUUCUGGGACCGCAAUUUCUCUGCGAAAUCUUCUUCCUUCAUGAUCGUGGCAAAGUCAUUGGCGUGUACUACGGCAUGAUUAUGUUCGGUAUAGCAGCCGCGCCAUCCUUCUCAGGGUAUAUUGUGUACUUCGCCAGCUGGACAAUUCAGUUCUGGUAUCAAGUCGGUCUCCAUGCGGUCUGUGCCAUUCUGGUGUUUCUGUUCGUCGAAGAGACUGGCUGGCAUCGUGAAGGAGGACCCCAAUGGCCAGAUCAGCCCCGAGGAUGGUGGGCGAAACGCCAAGGACUAUAUUUUAACAUUAGAGGAUUCCAUGUUUCGCCGUAUCUGACGCCAGCGGAGGAGAAGAAAGCGGCCUUGCGACCUCUGCUUGCGACAUUCAGCCCAAUCAUGGUCCUAGGAGGCUUCGUCGUUGCUGUCACGAUGGGCUGGGUCCUGGCAAUCCAAACAUUUAUCGCGAUUUACCUGAUGACGCCAGAGAUUGCUGGUGGAUAUAGCUUCACGGCCAAAGGUGUCGCAACAUUCAUGUUCUGCAAUUGGAUUGGCGUAAUUGCUUCGCAGCUCUAUGCUGCGGCAAUAUAUGACCGCCUGCCAUUGAUCAUCUGCAGGCGCUUCUACAACGGUGUAUGGCAUCCAGAGUUACGCCUACACGCGAUCUGGCCCAUCAUGAUCAUCUAUCCCAUCGGCCUCGGCUUGUUCGGUGCAGGUCUGCAAGAGCAGUGGCAUUACAUGUCGCUGGCUGUGUGUGUCGCAAUAAGCCAGUUCAGUGGCGCCGCAGGACUCGGAAUUGUCAGCAACUAUCUGGUCGAGGCCCUUGGCUCGCACGUGGCCAACGAGGUGGCUAUUGCAGUCUCUUGCUAUCGUCUGGUGCUCGGCUUCUCCUCCAUCUUCUUCCUCACUCCAUGGGGCAACGCGGUCGGUCCCAGAUGGGUAUUUGGCACGCAGGCCUUCCUUCAGGUGGCUGCUGGUGGAGUCGUUUUGUUCAUUGUGAAUUUCGGGCCGUGGGUGCGAUCGUUCAACUUGGUUGAUACUAUGUAUAAGGAGGAAGUUCAAGUGUUUGGUCGGGAUGAGUGA